UAGACAUUUCUACUUUGAAUAAUUCAGCAAAGAAAGUAAUAAACUAUAUGGUUGAAUUGAUUGAAAAUACAUAUAAGUUUUUAUGGAUUUAUUAUCAAUCUUAUUCAGAAAGAAAUAUGACUAUGUAUCAGUAUUUUUGCUUACAAAGUGAUGAUUUAGUGGCUAAAUCUAGAAAACAUCAAGAUAUUUCAAAGUAUUAUAAUACAAAAGCAAUGGGAAGAUUUGGGUGUAAUAGA